AUGGGUAAAUACUCGGAUAUUGUUCGAAUAUUGAAACCUGAAAUUACUCCAGUUGAGAACCAAGCAAAAUGUUUGAGCGAGACGGGGGCCGAGGGGAAGGCUGGCGAGGCCCUGGGAUCUUCAGAGGCAACGGAAGGCUUCUGCUCCCCUCUCCAGCACCGCCUCCUCCACCAGCGCCGCCACCACGACCUCCACCACCACGGACGCCAACACGUGGAGAAAGAAGUGCGUAUUCCUCGACAUACGCCUGGGCCUUAUACCAUCGAGUACGACCGUAGCUUCAUGGAAACACAUCUUACAAAUGAACAACGGUUACUCUGACAGUUUGUUGAACGAGAGAAUAAACCUGACGCAACACCAGCUCGCUCGACCUACACCACAUGUCUGGCUGGUGUCUGUGUGGGAUACA